AGCAGGGCCUUUAGGCCGGGGUGGUGGAGUCCCAAGGCCAAGGCUGACCGCGCUGCUGUGGGCCCGGCGGACGUUCCAACAUGGGGCUGUAAUGCCACGAUUGGCCGCAGGAGGGGGGCCGUAUUCCAGACCCCACUGCAGAAGCCUCCGCAACUGCUCCAAGAACUUUGUUUUAUACAGACUGGCGGCGAGAGCAGCUGCAGUUCGCAUCUCAGGCAGUACCUAGAGGAGCUGCCGGUGCCUCCUCAGGACAUCUCCUGGUCGCUACCCAGGGCCAGGCACCAAGGACAGGGAGUCCCAGGCGCACACCCCCAUUCGGGGUCCCCCAGGCCCAGACCCCCACUCUGCCACAGGUUGCAUCUUAACCUGGUCCUCCUGCAGAAGUGGCCCCUGUGGUCCUGCUCUGAGACUCGUCCCUGGGCGCCCCUGCAGCCGCUUUCUAUGACUCCAUCUGGAUUUGACUGGCUGUGGGGACGCGGUCCGAGGGGCGGUCUGGGUCUCAGCGUGGUGGCAGCCAGCUCUCCGGCCACCAUGGCGAAUGCCAGGAUCUGAGGGGACAAGGCUCUACAGCCUCAGCCAGAGGCACUCAGCUGUUGCAGGACAUGAUGGAGAACAAAGCCAUGUACCUGCACACCGUCAGCGACUGUGACACCAGCUCCAUCUGUGAGGAUUCCUUUGAUGGCAGGAGCCUGUCCAAGCUGAACUUGUGUGAGGAUGGUCCAUGUCACAAACGGCGGGCGAGCAGCUGCUGUACCCAGCUGGGGUCCCUGUCGGCGCUGAAGCAUGCUGUCCUGGGGCUCUACCUGCUGGUCUUCCUGAUUCUUGUGGGCAUCUUCAUCUUAGCAGUGUCCAGGCCACGCAGCUCCCCUGACGACCUGAAGGCCCUGACUCGCAAUGUGAACCGGCUGAAUGAGAGCUUCCGGGACUUGCAGCUGCGGCUGCUGCAGGCUCCGCUGCAAGCGGACCUGACGGAGCAGGUGUGGAAGGUGCAGGACGCACUGCAGAACCAGUCGGACUCGCUGCUGGCGCUGGCGGGCGCAGUGCAGAGGCUGGAGGGCGCGCUGUGGGGGCUGCAGGCGCAGGCGGUGCAGACAGAGCAGGCAGUGGCCCUGCUGCGGGACCGCACGGGCCAGCAGAGCGACGCGGCGCAGGGAGAGCUGUACCAGCUGCAGGUGGAGAGCAACAGUAGCCAGCUGCUGCUGCGGCGCCACGCAGGCCUGCUGGACGGGCUGGCGCGCAGGGUGGGCGUACUGGGCGAGGAGCUGGCUGACGUGGGCGGCGUGCUGCGCGGCCUCAACCACAGCCUGUCCUAUGACGUGGCCCUCCACCGCACGCGGCUGCAGGACCUGCGGGUGCUGGUGAGCAACGCCAGCGAGGACACGCGCCGCCUGCGCCUGGCGCACGUGGGCAUGGAGCUGCAGCUGAAACAGGAGCUGGCCAUGCUCAACGCGGUCACCGAGGACCUGCGCCUAAAGGACUGGGAGCACUCCAUCGCGCUGAGGAACAUCUCCCUUGCCAAAGGGCCACCGGGACCCAAAGGUGAUCAGGGGGAUGAAGGAAAGGAAGGCAGGCCUGGCAUCCCUGGAUUGCCUGGGCUUCGAGGUCUGCCCGGGGAAAGAGGUACCCCAGGAUUGCCCGGGCCCAAGGGCGAUGAUGGGAAGCUGGGGGCCACAGGACCAAUGGGCAUGCGUGGGUUUAAAGGUGAGCGAGGCCCAAAAGGAGAGAAAGGAGAGAAAGGAGACAGAGCCGGGGAUGCCAGUGGCGUGGAGGCCCCGAUGAUGAUCCGUCUGGUGAACGGUUCAGGCCCGCACGAGGGCCGCGUGGAAGUGUACCACGACCGGCGCUGGGGCACCGUGUGUGACGACGGCUGGGACAAGAAGGACGGAGAUGUGGUGUGCCGCAUGCUCGGCUUCCGCGGCGUGGAGGAGGUGUACCGCACAGCUCGAUUCGGGCAAGGCACUGGGAGGAUCUGGAUGGAUGACGUCGCCUGCAAGGGCACAGAGGAAACUAUCUUCCGCUGCAGCUUCUCCAAAUGGGGGGUAACAAACUGUGGGCAUGCUGAAGAUGCCAGUGUGACAUGCAACAGACACUGAAAGUGGGCAGAGCCCAAGCUCGGGGUCCCGCACAGAGCAUCCUUCCUGCAUCCCUGGGGUGGGGCACGGCUCAGGGCUACCCUGACCAUGCCUCGGCCACACCCCAUCCAGCACUCCCAGUCCUCACACCUGCAUCCCACAUCCCAGGACCGUGGGGGCCAGUCGUCAUUUUCCUCUUGAACGUGUGCUCCAAAGUGUAACUCUGGGACCUACUGCCCAUCUCUCUCUUCCACCAGGUUCCUGCAUGAGGAGCCCUGGUCAACUGGAUCACCACUUUGCCCAGCCUCUGAAUACCAUGCACCAGGCCUCAAUAUCCCAGUUCCCUUUGGCCUUUUAGUUACAGGUGAAUGCUGAGAAUGUGUCAGAGACAAGUGCAGCAGCAGGGAUGGGUGGUAGUACAGAUCAUUUACUCUUCAGACAAUUCCCAAACCUCCAUUAGUCCAAGAGUUUCAACAUCUUCCUCCCCAGCAAGAGGCAAUGUCAAGUGAUGAAUUUCCCCCCUUUACUCUGCCUCUGCUCCCCAUUUGCUAGUUUGAGGAAGUGACAUAGAGGAGAAGCCAGCUGUAGGGGCAAGAGGGAAAUGCAAGUCACCUGCAGGAAUCCAGCUAGAUUUGGAGAAGGGAAUGAGACUGACAUUGAAUGACUACCAUGGCAGGCUAAAUAGUAUCUUGGGUGCUAAAUUUAUGUAUCCACUUAGCUGCAUUGGUCCAGGGCAUGUGAGUCUGGAUACGACCUUACCUCCAGGUAGCACUUCACUGGUCCAUUCACCUAGCCUGCAAGUCAGAAGACAGAAUGACUGAGACCAUGUUCCCACCUGAACUUAUGGUCUUUACUUGGCCUGAGCAAAAAGCUUGUGUAACUAGACAGUGUGGCAUGUAACUAGAAAGUUGCAUACUUCAGAACCUCCAGGGUGUGAGUGCAAGGUCAAACAUGAUUGGCUUCCAGGCCGACCGUCAGUGUAGGAGGAAAGCUGAUGUGGAGGGUGACAUGGGGGCUGCCCAUGUUAAACCUGAGUCCAGUGCUCCGGCACUGGGCAGUCACGGUUAAAGCCAAGUCAUGUGUGUCUCAGCUGUUUGGAGGUGAUGAUUUUGCAUCUUCCAAGCCUCUUCAGGUGUGAUCUGUGGUCAGGAAAACACAAGUCCUAACGGAAACCCUACGGGUGGAAGGAAAUGAAGAUUCCCUAUAACCUCUGGGGGUGGGGAGUAGGAAUAAGGGGCCUUGGGCCGCCACAAAUCUGCAAUCUGCAGCCUCCUCCUAGAGAUAGGGAGAUCAUGCUCUGCUUUUUACAUGAGGAGCAGAACUGGGCCAUACACGUGUUCGAGAACUAGGGGAGCUACCUGGUAGCAAGUGAGUAUAGACCCACCGCACCUUGGGGGAAUCUCAAACUGAUAGGCCUCAGAUACAUGAUCACCUGUCAUAUCAGGUGAGCACCGGCCUGCUUGGGGAGAGACCUGGGCCCCUCCAGGUAUAGGAUCAGCAACACUCCUGGCUGACAACUAAGUCAAUGUGGCCCUAGGUCAUUCUUGCUUCCAAUAUGCUUGCUAAUCCUUAAAUGUCCUAAUGAUGAGAAACUCUCCUUCUGACCAAUUGCUAUGUUUACAUAACACGCAUGUAGUCAUGCAUCCCUUGUCAGAGCCAAUAUAUGUAUGCAUAUAUAAACAUAGCACUUUUUACUACAUAUUUCAGCACAUUGCAAGGUUUGCAUUUAAAUUAAAAACAAAAAAACUAAACAAAAAAAAAAACCUAAAGAUAAAAGAUGCCACACUGAACAAACUAAAUUCCCAACCCGGUUCUGGCAAAGAAUCCAGUUAUCGCUUCCAUGAAGACGCACAUACUCUCUUACUUGGUCUUUUCAUUAGGGAAAAUAUAAGUCUUGUUUUACAUCAAAUAAAAACAAUGUUAAAAACUGUGUGAACCUUAAAAAUGGAAGUCUACUAGUUUACAUUCCUACUUCAGAGAACAUGGAAAUGACCAUGGGCCUGCAUUUCAGGGACUAAAGGAAAUUAGGCCUAGCCUAAAAUACAUCAGACCUUUUGUAAGAAAGAAUUUCAAUAAAGCAAAAACAUGUCACUAACAA